CAGCUUCUUCCUUCUUCAUCGAGACCAAAAUUUCUAGGGUUUUGAAGAGUUUCUCAAUCGCCGUUUGUUAUUCCUCUGUGAGCAAAUCGACGAAAUGGGUCACUCCAAUGUCUGGAACUCUCAUCCGAAGAAGUACGGACCUGGAUCUCGUUUAUGCCGUGUGUGCGGGAACUCCCACGGGCUGAUCAGGAAGUAUGGAUUGAACUGCUGCAGACAGUGUUUCCGCAGCAACGCCAAGGAGAUUGGAUUCAUCAAGUACCGUUGAUCAAGCACCAACUUCAUGAUUGAUGCUUAUAAAACACACAUGAUGGCAUCGAUGGGUUUGGCUUUGAAGCUCUUGUAGUUUUUGAUAUUUUUACUUUGAGAACCUUGUUAUUUUGAGAGUUUAUAAGUUGUUGUACCUCUCAUUAAGCAUAAUCUUUUUGGAUCAAUGAUGUUUUAACUAUUCUCGUAUUUUUGUUGUCAGUCAAAUUUGAUCAAUAAUUUGCAUGUUAUUAGCUA